AUGGAGGUUGUCUUGAAAGACAACGACUCGGAAUUUCGCGACUUAUGCGAUGAAAAAGAACUCGGGUGGCAGUCUAGAGCGGUGACGCUGUUGUGGGACCGCAGGAAGAAAAAUUUCGAGGAUCAAACUUUGGACACUCAGAAAGCCACUCGAGUUCGAUUCACCCCAGAGGAAAAGAAAUAUUUCGAAUUCUACAGGGGGCGAUUACCGCAAAUGUGCCCAGAAGUAUUUUCGAAGCUCCCCUCGCGCCCCGCACCCACGAACCAGCUUGAGGAUGCAGUUGAGAGAGUCUUCGUGGACAUUGGCUCGGCUCCUGGAGGAAUGAGUAAGUUUCUGCUCCACCACCUACACUGGACGAGGGGACACGCCUUUUCAUUGGCACCUGAAGAUGGAGGGUUAGAGAUGAGAUACCACAAUACGUCUCUCGAAUUCGAAUGUGCUGAUAUGGCUGAGAGUGGCGCUUAUAUGCGAAUCGCGAAGACGCUGGAGAGCCGAGGAUUUAAGAAGCAUUCGAUCGACUUCAUAAACCUUGGAGUUGUGAUUGAUGUGGGUCAGUGUAAUAGGGAUGAUGAUCCCUAUGUUACUGCAAGGAAAUCAGUGGAAGUAUGCAGAAAUCAGUUUCUGCUCAUGCUCGACUUCCUCAAGCCGGGAGGCUCCUGUAUGUGGAUUCAUAGUGGCUCUCAUCUGGACACGUAUCUAUUCUAUCUAAACUGGCUUAACCGUAUGUUUCAGCGUCUAAGGGUGACUAAUACCUUGGUUCCUAGUCGUAGCCCAGUGUACACUAUUGCGGAGAACUUUAUACCGGGGGAAAGCGAAGCGGCGUUGAAAGCCUGUGAUGACUUCCGAGAUUUCCUGCUCUCUCAUCCUGCGGAUCCAUCAACUCCUGAGAUAUGGCAAGUAACUUCCUGGGCAGAAGUACAGUCGUUGCUGAAUCCUAACUCGCAGUUGGCUGGAACACGUAUCAAUGCUGAACGAUCAUUGAAAGAAGAUUGCGGCGGUGAUGAGUCCCUUUAUGUGUCUAAUAAGAACAUACAACCACUAAUGAAGGACCUAUCUGGGGUACGAGGUCGUGGCAAUGACACUAGUGGUGAUGAAGACUCAUCACUUCCGACUGAACUAUACACACACCCACGUCUCUAUAACGAGUCGCCCGAGCUAGCAUUCUGUGCUCUAGCCGCGUCGGAAGCGAAGACUAGUACGGCUGAAUCAGCUCCAAAGGCGAGCCUGGUCUCUGCAGCGGUGAUGGGUGCAGUGUGCAUGCAAGCAGUUCAACUCGUAUUGCCAACCAUGAGGAGUCAUCCUAACGUUGUACCAUCUGGCAGUACACUACGUGGUGAGACUCUUAUACGGGCGAAUGAUGGUAGGGGUAGUAGUGACAGGAAGGCUGAGAUGGAGGGUGAUGAGAAUAGCGCCAAGGACGAGUUAAUAGCAGAUCUUCGUCGUGAACUGGCGGAAGCUAAAACACUUGGUACUACUUAG